GCGCCCGCGCACAAGGAGCGACGCGCCGUUCAUUCACGCCGCCGUGGUGGGCUGCCCGCGUCGCGGAGGGUGCGAGGCGGACGCGCUUAAGGUUACGAGCCGCCCGUGAAGAGGCUGAGAAGAGGCAAGUGGACCCGCCCGCCCGCUCUCCGUGGCUCGUGUACGCGCGCGCCCUCCGUCCUUUUCGCGUCCUACGUCGCGCGCGCGAAUCGCCCGGCGAUGCGUGCGCGCGUCUGCCGCUGAAGGGACGGCCAGUUGGUAUGAUACAACGGCGCUGCCCGCCCGAGUCGCUGCGCCCGAACGCGAGGGAAGAUGGAGAUGACGUCGAUGACGAAGCAGUCGGAGUCCCGGCGGAGCGGACGCGAGAGCAGAGGGAAAAGCGCCGACGGAGUUAGAAGCGGCAAGAAGCGUCGUUCCAAGAAGAAAAGGGAUAGUCACGAGGACGACAGCGAUGAUAUCAUGCACGUGGGAAUGUCAACGGAAAAUGUUAGCGCGAUUAAACUCCGCAUCCAUGGCAUGACCUGCUACAAUUGCGCGAACAACAUCGAGAAGACGAUGCGCAACCGGUCCGACGUCAUCGGCAUCAAGGUGAUACUGAACGAGGAAGUCGGUUACAUCAAGUACAAAACGAACAAGAUUACGCCCAAAGAAUUGGCGGACGCGAUCGAGGACAUGGGGUUCACCGUCCGCAUGCCGAAACCCGUCAAGAGAAGGGACGUCGCCACAGUACCCACCCCCGGCGUCUGCCACAUACACAUAGACGGAAUGACGUGUCAGUCGUGCGUCAAGAAUAUCACCGAUGUUCUGUCCUCAAAGCCCGGUAUAAACAGCGUGGACGUCAGUCUGCGGGAUAGAGAAGCCAAAAUAUGUUACAGUGAUAGUACUAUAUCAAGCAGUGACAUAGCAAUGCAUAUAGAAGAUUUGGGCUUCUCCGCGUAUGUGAAAAAGGCGGGGGAUAAGAAGAAGAGAAAGACGGAGUCGCAAGCGAAUGGCAUCGGUGAUGUCAAAAAUCAAUUUUCAAAGUGCUUCCUGCAUAUAACGGGUAUGACCAGCGCUUCCUGCGUCGCUGCGAUAGAGAAACACUGCAGAAAACUAUACGGUGUGAACAACAUACUGGUGGCACUGAUGGCCGCCAAGGCAGAAGUCAGUUACGAUCCUGACAGGAUCACACCGGCGGAUAUUGCUGCCAGCGUAUCGGAAUUGGGUUUUCCCACGACUUUAACUGAGGAAUCCGGGACUGGACAGAGCGAAGUCGAGUUGAGGAUCUUGGGCAUGACGUGCGCGUCGUGCGUAAAUAAAAUAGAGUCCACCGUGAAGAAGCUACCUGGUGUACGAUUGGCGACGGUCGCUCUAGCGACGCAGCGGGGCAAGUUUAGGUACGACGUGGAGAAGACUGGCAUCAGACAUAUCGUCGAUUGUAUCAAUAAACUAGGUUUCACGGCCAGUCUGUUUAGCAACCAAGAUAGGGACAAUAGGGAUUACCUGGAUCAAAAAGAACUGAUAAGUAAAUGGCGAACGGCGUUUUUGGUGUCGCUGAUUUUCGGAGUCCCGUGCAUGGUAGUGAUGGUAUAUUUCAUGGUGAUCAUGUCAGUCGGCAACAAGACGCACGAGGAAAUGUGCUGCAUAAUACCUGGUCUUUCCUGGGAAAAUCUACUACUCUUUGUGUUCUCCACGCCGGUGCAGUUCUUUGGCGGCUGGCAUUUCUAUGUGCAAGCCUACAAAGCUUUGAGACACGGCACGACCAACAUGGACGUCUUAAUCUCGAUGACUACUACGAUCUCGUACCUUUAUUCCAUUGCCGUCCUCGCCGCCGCUAUGAUAAUGCAAGAGAACGUCAGUCCACAGACGUUCUUCGACACUCCGCCGAUGCUCUUGGUUUUCAUCAGUCUGGGAAGAUGGCUCGAGCAUGUGGCAAAGGGAAAGACGUCCGAAGCUCUCUCAAAACUGUUGUCUUUGAAAGCCACGGAUGCGGUGUUAGUCACGCUAGGGCGUAACAACGUAAUAUUAUCGGAGCACGUGAUAACCAUCGACAUGGUGCAACGCGGCGACGUGCUAAAGGUGCUCCCGGGCGCCAAAGUGCCCGUCGACGGCCGCGUGCUGUCCGGUCAAUCGACCUGCGACGAGAGUCUGAUUACCGGCGAGAGUAUGCCAGUGCCAAAGAGCAAGGACUCGCUGGUGAUCGGCGGCUCGAUCAAUCAGAACGGGUCGUUGAUGAUCGUCGCCACGCACACGGGCGAGCACACGACGCUGGCGCAAAUCGUCCGCUUGGUAGAGGAAGCGCAGACGAACAAGGCGCCUAUCCAGCAGCUCGCCGACAGGAUAGCCGGCUAUUUCAUACCCCUGGUUAUAGCGGUCUCUGUAGUGACGCUAAUAAUUUGGAUCAUCAUCGGCUACGCGAACGUCGAGCUGCCCAUGUCGCACAACGAUCAGAUCAAUAAAAGCAGCUCGAAUCGCGACGAAAUCAUAUUUCAGUACGCCUUUCGUAGCGCCCUGGCGGUACUCGCGAUCGCUUGUCCCUGCGCGCUCGGCCUGGCCACCCCGACCGCGGUUAUGGUCGGCACGGGCGUAGGCGCGCAAAACGGUAUCCUGAUCAAGGGGGCCGAGCCGCUGGAGAACGCGCACAAGGUCAAAUGCGUCGUCUUCGAUAAGACGGGAACGUUGACACACGGCGUCCCGCUCGUCACCAGAAUCGGUAUGUUCGUCGAGGAGAAGGUCUGCACAUUAGGGAAGAUGCUGCUGGUCGUCGGCACGGCGGAGAUAAACAGCGAACAUCCUAUCGGGUCAGCGAUCGUACGCUACGUGAAAGACACAAUCGGAACGACCACUGGAGAAUGCUCGAACUUUCAAGCGGUCGCCGGCUGCGGUUUAAAAUGUAAAGUGACUCACUUGGACGCUGCACUGUUUAAUGCGCUGAGGUCCGAGAAGCUUAUCAAUUACAUGAAUCAGGCAUGCGACUUGCAGACUGGAACGUUCAGUCUCAAUAAUGUGCCCAUUGACAAGCUGGCACUCGUCAAGUCGGUAGAAGAGGUCCAGGAGAAGCAAAAGUUUGAUCUACAGUUACUUUUAAAUCCAAACCAGCGCAACACCGAGGACCCCGUGGAUGAUUUGUACGAGGUUUGCAUCGGUAAUCGGGAGUGGAUGCACCGGAAUGCGAUCACGAUUCCGGAUGAAGUCGACAGGAGGAUGGUCGACGAGGAGGACCUAGGUCGCACCGCCGUCUUAAUCUCGAUAAACAAUAUUCUGGUCUCCAUGAUCAGUGUCGCUGACACGGUGAAGCCCGAGGCACAUCUCGCGAUCUAUACCCUGAAGAACAUGGGAUUGCAGGUGAUCCUCUUGACGGGCGAUAAUAAGAAGACCGCGGCUUCGAUCGCCAGACAGGUCGGCAUCAGCAGAGUUUUCGCGGAGGUGUUACCGUCCCACAAGGUGGCUAAAAUUCAGCGAUUGCAAGAACAGGGGUUGAGAGUCGCCAUGGUGGGAGACGGCGUCAAUGACAGCCCGGCUCUAGCUCAAGCGGACGUCGGUAUCGCUAUCGCGUCUGGCACAGACGUAGCCGUGGAGGCCGCCGAUGUGGUUCUGAUGCGCAGCGAUCUCCUGGACGUAAUCGCGUGUUUAAAUCUAUCAAGGAAAACGGUCCAUAGAAUAAGACUGAAUUUCUUAUUCGCUAGUAUCUACAAUCUUCUCGGCAUUCCCAUAGCCGCCGGUGUAUUCAGCUCCUUUGGAUUCUUCCUACAGCCCUGGAUGUCUUCCGCUGCCAUGGCUUUAAGUAGCGUAUCGGUGGUAGGAAGUUCUUUGUUACUGAAAUUUUAUCGUAAACCGACUAAAGCCACGUUGGAAACUCCCGAAUACCUAGCAGCUAUGCAGGCAGAUUCUACAGCAAGAAUGAUUGAUUGGGACACGUUAUCAGUCCAUCGCGGAAUAGAAGAUACGUACACACCAGUUCUGGACAAGUCAACGUCCACACUGUCCAGGUACAAGCAAACAGCUUGCGAACCCUCUAUUGCUUAAUAUUAUAUAGAGUUAAUUAAUGUUAACGGGAGAAGUUCGUUAUUUAUUUCCUUAUAUACUAACCAUGUACAGAAUUAUUUUUGAUAAUGCAACUUACACCCCCGCUCUCCAUCGCUUAUUGGAAUAUCGACAUGUUUGUAUGCAAUUAUUAUUGUUUGCGAAUAACAGUUCGAAGUGAAACAUAACUAAUCGAUAAUUGCUUAAUUUCAUAUCAUUGUAAAUAACAUAAUUUAGACACUUUCAAUGAAUCCAGGUCUUCUUGUAUUUUACUUGGAUGUUUAUAUACAGACUGAUUCCUGAUUGCAUUUAAUUUCAAUAUACAUAUUAUAAUUAAAUUUCAGUUCAAGGUCUCGAAAUUUUCUUUCGAAACAUUUUCUUAAUCAUUUUGACAAGUUUUUUCAAAAGGUUAUGGUAAAAAAGCGCCUGAAGCACCGCACCACUACAAUCGCACCGUCACAAGAAAAUACAUAUUAAUGUUUCACGCGGGUCUCAUUACAAAGAAACUAAUUUUCGCCUAACAUGAAAGAAAUUGAUAUCGAUUAUGAAUAAUUAAGAAUCAUUCUGUGUGUAAUGUUCUUUAAAAAUGAUGAAGAUGUAAGGUUUUGUGUAUGAAAUUAUAUUAUUCCUAGCUCUUAAUUACUAAAGUUGACCGAAAUUAUGAUUUCUGUCCACAGAAAUUUUUUCAAAUGUUAUGAAUGUUUUGCUUAUUCUUCGGAAAUACUGGUUUGUUACUUACGAUAGAAUAUAAGACUGAGAACAAAAAUAUUCUCGUCUGCGGGAGAAAUGUAUUGUCUACUUGAAAUUAUUUUUAUUAUAAAUAUAAUUCUUUAUAACUGAAUACAAUUAAGUAACUAACUAAUAAAUGUGUAAAGAUGUUGCUAUGGAAUAUUAGAAAAACUGUUAGAUGCAUUAAGAAUUUUACUCUACUGUACCAAUAUUUUUGAUGUAUAAAUACUCAGAUAUGUA